AUGCCGCGCGGCGCGCGCGCGCGUCAACCAGCGUUCGGCGGCUCGACGCGCGCGCGCGUCGUCGCGCGCGCGAACGCUCGUCGCGCGAUCGCGCUCGGCGCGGACGUCGCGGUCGACGAGACGCAGUUGAACGCGUUCCUGGACUCGCUGAAGUACGACGAUAAAGGGCUGGUGUGCGCGAUCGCGCAGGACGUGGACACGGGCGCUAUCUUGAUGCAGGGCUUCGCGAGCCGGGACGCGGUGGCGUACACGCUUCGGAAUCGCAAGGCGACGUUCUGGAGCCGCAGUCGCUCGGAACUGUGGUGCAAGGGAGAGACGAGCGGUAAUUUCAUCGGCGUUGAAUCCGUGCACGUGGACUGCGACCGGGAUAGUUUGAUUUAUUUGGGCGUCCCGACGGGGCCGACGUGUCACACGGGCGCGCACACGUGUUACUAUAAGCGGGUCGAUGGAAGGGAUGGAGCGGCGGCGAAGGUCGAUGGGGGUCGACACGCGGCGGAGGAGGCGCUGACGACGUUGUAUGAGUUGGAGGCGACGAUUGAGGCGCGAAGGGUGGAGGCUGUGGCGGACGACGUCAAGCCCUCGUGGACUCGAAGGCUGUUGGAUAACCCCGAGCUGUUGUGUAAGAAGAUUCGCGAAGAAGCGGGAGAGUUGUGCCAGACGUGGGAGGAAAACGAAGGCAAGGAAGCGGCGACGAACGAAAUGGCGGACGUGCUCUAUCACUCAAUGGUGAUGUUGAACAAGCAAGGCGUGCCGAUGUCCGACGUCUUGGCUGUCUUGCGUAGACGCUUCGGCACGAGCGGCGUCGACGAAAAGGCGGCUCGGCCGCCGAAGAAGUUGAUCGAUCCCUCCAAGUGA